AUGCCAGAGACGAUGGUGCACAGUAAUUACCGGCACCUUGCGUACCGGAAUGUGGCUGCAGGGAAAUCGCACCUGGCCAUAGUGCAGCGCGUGAACAAGGAGGGGGAGAAGGGCGGACCCGUUCGAAAACCGAACCGACAAUCGCCACAAAGCGCCGCGUUUUCGCAUCACGAGCCGCAAGCAAGCAUAGGACCUUUUCCAUUUUCCAAACGCAACGAAACCGACGAUGAAGAGGUGGAAAAAGCGCUCACGGUGGAGAAGAUCCUUCUGCGUCUCAUCAAACAUCCCAGUGUUCUGCAGGAGCUCAAGUUCGACGACAAAAACAAACAUGCGCCGCAGCAUUUCCUGUUCCAGAGAAACAAACCGGUGGAUUACUUCAUCCUCGUCCUGCAGGGUCGUGUGGAGGUGGAAUUUGGAAAAGAAGCCUUAAAGUUUGAGAGCGGUGCUUUCUCAUAUUUUGGUGUUCCUGCAAUAAUGCCAUCAGUCCACAGGUCUCCGUCCCGCAGCAGUGGUCUGGACCGGUCUGACUCCAUGUUGUACGGUGGGAGUCUGGGGCAGCUGAACGGAGGCUCGAACCUGUACUUACCCGACUACUCUGUCAGACAACUCACUCACCUCCAGGUUAUCAAGAUCAGCCGCAGUCACUACCAGAACGCUCUGGCCGCGUCCCGGAUGGACCAUUCCCCCCAGAGUCCAGAUCCAGAUGGGACGAGCCCCCACCCUGAGGCCCCGCCCCCUGACAACAUGAGCAGACUCCUCCCCCCUGACCACACCCCUGACACCAUGAGCAGACUCCUCCCCCCUGACCACACCCCUGACAACAUGAGCAGACUCCUCCCCCCUGACCACACCCCUGACAACAUGAGCAGACUCCUCCCCCCUGACCCAUGCCCCUGA